CAACACCAAAGAAAAGACCGACGAUGUCGACCAAGUGCUCGUAUUGCUUUCUCCUCGUUUUGGUGGCUCUCGUGGCCCUAUCGUCGAGGGCCAGCGCUCAAAGCGCAAUCGACAGCAUGCUGCAGAAUCGGGCCUUCGUCGAGAGACAAAUCAGCUGCAUAACGCGCAACGGCCCCUGCGACCCCAUUGGCAAGCUUAUAAUAAGACGACUUCCCGACGUUCUUCACAACAACUGCAGCAGUUGCAAUCCGUUCGAGAAGCAGGCAGCCGAAAAUUUGAUCAGAUUCAUGCAGCAGAACUAUCCCCAAGAAUGGGCGCGGAUCAUCAAAGAAUUCCUGUCAAAUUUGACAGAAUUCUCGCCAUUGUGGGAAAAAAUUCAUUGA